UAAAUUUUUUUGAAAUAUAAAAUUUGUGAAUUUUCUUCUUUAUAAGUAUGGAUAUUGAAAUGGAAAACUAUGAUGAUGAAGAUCCUGCUGAAAUUUAUAGGAAAUGCGUUGAGUUACUUAGCAGUAAAGAUUUCAUUAUGGAAGAUUCAGUUAUACCAACAUUGAAAAGAUUUAUUCACGUAAAAGGAACCAAAGAAGAGGCUAUUCAUCUGUUAUCAUCUAAUUACGAUGCCGUAGCUCAAAUCGCUAACCUUCUGGCUGAAUGGCUACUGAUGACUGAUCUCACAUUAGCUGAGGUUCAAUCUACAGUUGAGGAUAAUCUCAAAAAUAUGAUCAUCAAGCACUUUGAUCAGAAAAAAGCCGAUUCUAUUUUUCUUGAUGAAUCGAAAGGAAACCCGGAUUGGCUUACUGCAUUGAUCCAACAUCAACCUUGGCGUAAAUUGAUUUUUCAGUUGGCUGACAAAUAUCCCGAUUGCCUUAUGUUAACAUUCACGGUCAAGUUGAUUUCUGAUGCCGGUUUCCAAAGCGAAAUAACUUCCAUAUCAACUGCGUCACAACAAUUAGAAGUGUUUACCCGAAUCCUAAAAACUUCAGUCACUAAUUUCUUGGAAAAAGGCGAAGAAAUGCUAGAUUCGGAGAAAGUUCUAACUGAAUUUGCGAAAUUGGUUUCACAUGGUGAACACACCUAUCUUUACAGUCAAGUUUUAUUACACUACCUAUCAUUAGAACCGAAAGGAGGCUCUAAUGUUAAACGACUUUUUCAAGAAAUCUCUCGAUUCGCCCAGAAAAACGGACAUAAUGCUACACCGAUCAUGCUUGCAUUAAUGGGAAUCUCUUCACAUCCUCGUUUAGCGCAAGCAUUAUCAGCAAUGUUGGCCAAAGAUGCUCUCAAUCCUGCCGAUAUAACUACGUUAUACAAAUGUUAUCAAGAAACAUCUCCCCCACCAGUUGAAUUUUUGCGAAUACCGCAAUUUCUUGAUCUAUUGUUGGACGCCUUAUUUAAACCUGGCUCGAAAUUACAUUCCGAACAACGUCCCAAAUAUGUCUAUUUAUUGGCUUAUGCAUCAUCAGUUCAUGAAGCUUAUAGAAAGCAUAAUAAUGCCUAUAACAAUGUUCAAUUUCGCAAAUCUAUUAAUCGCGAUGAAUUAAAACCUACGAUACAGGCAAUCGAAAAGGUUUCAUCAUUAUGUGUAGAACGAAAAGGAUCAUCAGAAAUUAUGCCUGAAUUGAAAACACUAUAUCAAAUGAUCGAAAAAUAUCAAGUUGUCGCCUAUGGAAUCGUUUACUGGGUCAAACAUGUUGUCAGUGAACCAAGUUAUUUCAAAUUAAACACAGAACAAACUCCUUUACAUUUAGCUUUAUUAGAUGAAGUAACUGCCUGCCAUAAUACUCUGCAUAAAAUAACACUAAAUCUAUAUAUUGAUAUAUUUGAAAAACAAUAUGAUGAACUAGAGGUUUUAGCACAACUUGAAUUGAAGAAAAUGAUCCUUGAUCGUAUGAUCCAUUUGAUUAGCAAAGGAUGCGUAGUUCCAGUAUUGAAAUAUAUAAAACAAUGCUGGCAAAAAGGAGAUACCGAUAUAUCAUUGUUUCGAUAUUUUAUCAUCGAAGUUUUAUCGAUGAUCACGGCCCCAUAUUCUAUUGAAUUUAUUGAUCUAUUUUUACCAUUGGUCGAAUGUGAAGAAGUGACAGGAAAUAUGCGAAGCGAAGUCGAAACAACUUUGGUCAAUGAAUUUAUAGAAACUUGCAAAAACCUAAAAAAUGAAAAUCGUGUUCAUUUGGAGGAUUAAUCGAAUUUCGCAUCAAAAGGCAUGGGUUGGCUGACAUGUUUCAUUUUUUUCACUGUAUUGAUUUCUGUAACUUCUCAUGAUUUUGUUAGUUU